AUGUCUUCACAACAGACCGAGUUCUUCAAGGACAAUCUCCCUGACCAGGGCGAGGUCACCACCCCCGACUCUGUACCUAGCUCUCCUGAGCUUGGAAGCUCCAGCUCCAGUGACAGCAUUGCCAGUCUCGGAUCUCCCGCCUCUCCUCUCUCCCCUGCUGUUUCGCAGCCUGUGGCUGACUCCUUUGUCUUUGCUUUUGACAUUGACGGUGUCCUUGUCCGCGGCGGACGAGCCAUUCCUGAGGCCCUUCAGGCCAUGAAGGUUCUCAAUGGUGACAAUGAAUAUGGCAUUCAAGUGCCUCAUAUCUUCCUUACCAACGGUGGUGGUAAGACAGAAGAGGAGCGAUGCAAUGAUCUCUCUGGUCAGCUCCAAUGUGACAUUAAGCCUGGCCAAUUUAUCUGCGGUCACACCCCCAUGAGGGAGAUGGCUGAGAAGUACGGCACCGUUCUUGUCGUCGGUGGCGAGGGCGAGAAGUGUCGACACGUUGCCGAGGGCUAUGGAUUCAAAGAUGUUGUAACUCCUGGUGAUAUCAUCAAGCACAACGCUGCCACAACUCCUUUCCGCAAGCUUACUCCUGAGGAGCACCGCAACUCACGUGAGCGAGACUUCACGGACGUUGUGAUUGACGCUGUCUUUGUCUUUGCCGACUCUCGCGACUGGGCCGGCGACAUCCAGAUCAUGCUCGAUGUUGCCAUGUCAAAGGGCGGUCGUCUCGGCACCCGCAGCGAGACCAACGACGAGGGUCCUCCUUUCUACUUCUCCCACAAUGACGUUGUCUGGUCUGCUGCCCAUGAACAUGUUCGUCUCGGCAUGGGCGCCCUUCGCCGUAUGUUCGAGGUUACCUUUGAGGAUCUUACUGGCGGUAAUGGUGUUCUACAUACCCAUGCAUUCGGCAAGCCCCAGGUCUCUACUUUCGAGUUUGCUUCCCGUUUGAUGGGUCAGUGGCGCCAGACUGAGCAUGGUCUCGUCGCUCCUCCUGACACUGUCUACUUCGUUGGCGACACCCCUGAGAGUGACAUCCGUGGUACCAAUGCUGUCAACAAGGUCGCCGACAAUGAUUGGUACAGCAUUCUUGUCAAGACCGGUGUAUACCAGGACGGCACUGAACCUGCCCACAAGCCUCGUGUCACUGUCGAAAACGUCCUCGAUGCUGUCAACCAUGGUAUUAAGCGCGAAAUGGACAAGAAGGCUGCUAAGGGCCAAAUGAUCAAGCCUGCCCUCAUUCCUGACUCCGGUAUCACCGAGAUCGCUGUUGAUAUGGAUGGUAUAACCAUCUAA